AUGAAAACCAGGCAAACUUGUUGGUCACCUCGUGGAAAAAAUGAACUGAAGACUGAAGACGCUGGGAGAUGGUCACCGCGGGCGCUGCAGGCUGUUGAGUGGACACAUGGACGCCUUACAGGGCCAGCAACUCUAUUAGAAGACUUCCGAGCAGUAUUUAACAGUAUUUUAAAGAAAUUAAGCCAAUUUAAGACUGGAAAAAAGAAACUGCCGAACCACAGUUUGCAAGAGUUCUAUUCUAAUAAGAUGCCUUCACUCGGAGAUCAAAUAAAGGAGAGGCAACCAGCUGGAGGGGAGGCGCCAGAAAUGAAUGAACUCUACGAAACACUAUCUAUAUAAUUAUUGUGUGUGUGUGUAUUAUAUAAUUAUGAU